UGUGCUUUGAGCCUAUAGCUUUAUCGCGAGGCGCACAAUUAAAAUAACAAUGGUCCUUCACCUGUUGUACUAGCUUCCUGCCGCCACUCGACCUGGUAACAAACCGCUGACAGUUUUCCGAUACUCCUGCGAGUAACAUUCACCUUUGCGAAGCACUAUAUGAACAAUCAAUUACGAACAUGUAGCUUAUCGCUAUAUUCGUUGGCAUUUGGGCCUCCUUAAGUAAUACGUAACAUGUUGAACCAGCCGGCCCAGAACGACAGAAUAACAUUUGUUAGCGAGUUUAAUAGUAAUCAUGUUCGCCUCAAAAUACUAUCAAAUGUCAGCGCAACUAGAACACUCGCUGGAGGCCUGCCAUCGCCGCCUAAGACAGCCCCUAAUUCGGCCUCCGAAACGCUAAGGGGCCGAUGCGUAUGCGGAGCGCGCCUACACCGCAGCUCUGCUACUUCAGACUCACGGCGUAGGGCGCCGGUUGGCAAAAAGUCAACCGUCGAUUCCCAUCGCCAUCCGCACGUCCACCAUCCCCAGCCGCUCUUUACCCAGCCACCCGAUCCUUGUCAGCUCCUUCACGGCAUCACCUCCUCUCCCGACCUUUACUCCCUGCUUGACCUGCUCCACCACUCCGAACCGUACCUCAACCUCCGCCAUCUAGAUGCCGCCCUCAAUCGUCUCGCGCGCUUCACCUCCGCCACCCACAACGACACCCCUCCCACCUCCCCCUCCUCCCCAAUCCACACCUCCUCCUCCUCCAGCUCAGCCCGCGCCACCGCCCUCCGCCUCCUCUCUCUCAUCCUCCCCGCCCACGCCGCCUCCCUCUCUCCCCGCGACGCCGCCAGCCUCCUCUCCUCCCUCUCCCGCCUGCACCUGCCUCCCCCCGCCCCCCUCGCCGCCCUCCUCACCUCCUCCCUGCUCUCCCAGCUGCCCGCCGCCUCCCUGCGAGACCGCGUGGCGCUGCUCCAUGCGGCGGCGGCGCUGCGGCUGGUGCUGCCGGCGGGGGCGGUGGGUGCGCUGCUGGGCAGCAUGGAAGGGGAGCUCGGGAGGCUGGGCAAACCGCAGGACGUCUCCAUGGCUCUGUGGGCCCUAGCCCGCCUGGGGUUCCGCCCCCCCGCCCGCUGGCUGUCCCGCCUGCUGGCCCGCCUGCCCCCGCACCGCCUGGCGGACUGGGGGCCGCAGGCGCUGGCCAACACCGCCUGGGCGCUGGCCAAGAUGGGCUGGGCGCCGGGGGCGGGGGCGCGCUGGGCGAUGGA